UUUCAGUUUACGAAUGCAUGCAUAAUCGUACAUAUGUAAUUAUAUAUAUAUAGCUCUCUAAAACCCUUCUGCUUUUUGUUCUUCUUUUUCAAACCCUCCCGCGGUUUAAAUCUUCAGCCAAUUCUCAAUAUCCGUGGAAAAAGAGGGAUCUUUGCGCAUUCAGAUAUAUGAAUACAUAUUGAUGAGUAAAUUCAUUCAAUUUGGUUAAUUGGAUCAUUCGAUUGGGUAAUCAUCUCCGGUGGAUCUGGAUUUGUAGUUGCUAGCUUUUCGAAUUUUGAUUUCUUUGGUCGGUUUUUAGUUGAUUUGAUUGUGUUCAAUGGAAGGAGAGAAGCCACAAAAUCUAGAUCCGUUCGCCCCCAUCCAAUCUACUGGUGACCAAGCUGUUGAUUUGCAUAUUAUAAGUGAAGAGAUGGCUUCCCAAAAAGAUGAAAGGAUUGCCUCUACAAAUCCUUCUCCGGAUGCAGUUGUCACGGGGGCUUCAAGAAACGCCAAAUAUCAACCUGCAACUUCAGUAACAACUGGAGGUCUUUCUACUUUACAACCAUUUAACACAUAUACCCCUCAAGAACAGGGUUAUUACAUUGCAGGGUAUGAUAGCGGCAGUUGUAACUGGGAUGAACAUUCAAACUAUGUCAAUGCCGACAACUUGAAUAUCUUACCUCCAGCCAUGUACAAUGAAAAUUCUUCACUCUUCUUUCCUCCGGGUUAUGGCUUUGACUCCCAGAUGGCAUAUGGGCAGUUUUCCCCACUAGCUAACCCCCUUUCUCCAAUAAUGAUUGAUGGUCAGCUGUUUUCUCCUCAUCAAGUGCCUGUGACCCCGCCUUACUAUCCGCCGCCAAUUUCACCUGGCCCACCACAUGUUACUUCGGCGCAUCCUGCCUCACAGACUGAAAUAAUGGCACCAGGAAAUAGCAGCCAAGAAAACCUUAUGGACAACACAUUUUUUGGGCCAGGGUCAGCUUACUAUCUACCUUUUGGAUCUUUUAGUGGAGGUGAAUUUUCUGGAAGCGGUGCCCAUGGUCCUUACAAAUUCCGUGGAGAUUUUGGGUCAAGCGAAUCAUUGCCUAGGCGCUCGAGUUCCUUAGAUACUACUAGCUGGUUCAUGUCUCCAUUAACUUCUGGAACUGGAUACGCUCAACCUAUUGGCAUACUUGGAUCAUAUGAGCAGAAUGUUGCACAGUGGCAGCCACCAUUUCAGGGUUUUGGGUUAACGACAAAUACCUCAUCUAGACAUUUGGCCCACAGUGGUUCUUACCAAAGCUCUGUCGGGUCUAGUUCUUCUCGAUAUCGAUUUUCCAGUGAUAAAAGUGGAAGGCGAGAAAGGGAUCGGGAUUCUCUCAACAUUUCUACAGACAUGUCUGGUGUGUCAAGCGACCGGAACAGAGGACCAAGGGCCUUGAAGCCCAAAAACAAGAAUAGCCCUGAAGAGGAGUCUUCUGUGAGCAUCAAAGAUGUUGAAUCAACUUCUAGGCUUCAGGCCGAUCACAUCAACUCGCCAGAUUUCAUAACCGAUUAUGAGCGUGCAAAAUUUUUUGUUAUAAAGUCUUUCAGUGAAGACAAUAUCCAUAAAAGUAUAAAAUACAGCGUCUGGGCCAGCACACCACUUGGGAACCGUAAAUUGGAUGCUGCCUAUCACGAAUUAAAGGAAAUGGCAGGCAUGUGUCCUGUAUUUCUCUUCUUCUCGGUUAAUGCUAGUGGCCAAUUUUGUGGUGUAGCUGAGAUGAUUGGGCCUGUUGACUUUGAGAAUGAUGCUGAUUACUGGCAGCAGCAGGAUAGGUGGAGUGGUCAGUUUCCCGUCAAAUGGCAUAUUAUCAAAGAUGUGCCCAACAGUCGCUUUCGCCACAUACUUCUUGAAAAUAACGACAACAAGCCUGUCACACACAGCCGGGACUCUCAAGAGGUGAAGCUGGAACAGGGAAUUGAAAUGCUGAAAAUUUUCAAGGACCAUGAUCCCGAGACAUCCCUACUUGAUGAUUUCAAGUUUUAUGACGAGCGGGAGAAAACCUUUCUGGAGAGGAAGGCAAAACAGCAAACCAGUUGUAGUGAGAAUACAAGUGGAGAUACAGAGUCUGCUCAUGUAACCGAAUCAAUUAGUCAACUGUCGGGAAACUUGGCAGAUACUCUACAGUUGGAUGGCGGUAUGAUAGGUGGUACUGGACAUGGGAAUUGGGAAGCAAGUGGGACCCAUGUGCGUGAACCUAUGAGGUGGCACUUUAGUUUGAUUCUCAAUGUUUUAGUUCAGGUAAUUAAUUCAGGUUGCUAUAAUGUAGCACUAUGUAUUAGGCCUUAAAGUUGGGCCUAGUGAAGUGAAAAGCUGCUAAAUGAUUAUUUAAAUUGAAUUUGUAGUUUUCUUGUGCCUUGUUAGCGUCACUAUAUUUCGAAGUCUGUAAUUAUCCAUUUUUUUAGUUCGUUUUAUAAUUAUGUGUAAUCUCUUGAGUAUGAGGAAAGACCGAAGUUGAUAAGAGUUUAGACUUUAGAGUAUAUUUCUGGAUUUGUGAUAUUCUCUACUUGUCCAAACUGUUUUAUUGUUCAGUAUUUUAAUCACUC